UUCUUACCUACUUUAUGAUUGAUUUAGUUUGAGUUGCUGUAAUUAAUUAGUACGGAACGGAGUAUCAAGCAACAAAACAAAAACAGUGACGCGUGUCGACCCCUCCUGCUUGCUUUUGUUUCUACCGGAUUGUCCUUUUUAAUCACAUUUCCCGAUACUUUAUGUGUUCCACGUUUUGGACUUCCGCCGCCACACCUAUUGCUACUUGAGUCGAGCUUGACAACAGCGGAGCAACCACUAUGGUCGCGGUGGCGGUGUCUCUGUAUCCAGGCGUGAGGAAGAGCCGCCUUCUACCUGCACCUCCGCCCAGCCGACCAGUGCCAAUGCGGGGAUUCCGACCAAAUUCAGCACGUUUGGCGCCAUUUGUUGCAAGUUCUACCGGACAUGAUGCCACCAAUGCAGUUAUCUCCAUUUCUCCUCCACCAGCUACUGUGUCUAGAUCAAAGCGUCAUACAAUUUCAGUGUUCGUUGGGGAUGAAAGUGGAAUAAUUAACAGAAUAGCUGGAGUUUUUGCCCGGAGAGGCUACAACAUUGAGUCUCUUGCUGUAGGGUUGAACACAGAUAAGGCUCUUUUUACCAUCGUUGUCUCUGGAAGUGACAAGGUUUUGCAACAAGUUGUAGAGCAACUUAACAAGCUUGUGAAUGUCAUGAAGGUGGAUGAUUUAUCAAGGGAGCCUCAAGUAGAACGAGAAUUGAUGCUCAUAAAGCUAAAUGCAGAGCUGAGCACAAAAGCAGAAAUCAUGUGGUUGGCAGAUAUCUUUCGAGCGAAAGUGGUGGAUAUAUCAGAGCACUUUGUGACCAUAGAGGUAACUGGUGACCCAGGAAAGAUGGCUGCUGUUUUGAGAAAUAUAAAUAAGUUUGGAAUUAAGGAGCUUGCUAGAACGGGAAAGAUUGCUUUGAGACGUGAAAAGAUGGGCGAGACAGCUCCUUUUUGGAGGUUUUCUGCAGCGUCUUAUCCUGAUCUUGAGCAAACAACAAAUGGUGUUGCAACUCAAAAGCACAACAAACCAACCAUUAACAACAAAGUGAAUAACAGUUCCGGUGGUGACGUCUAUCCAGUGGAAUCCAAUGAUGACUUCUAUGUGAAUCAGGUUCUUGAUGCCCACUGGGGAGUUCUAUAUGAUGAAGACCCAAGUGGGAUUCGUUCACACACAUUAUGUAUGCUCGUUAAUGAUUCGCCUGGAGUACUCAAUCUUGUCACUGGGGUCAUAUCUCGAAGAGGCUACAAUAUUCAGAGUCUUGCGGUUGGUCCUGCUGAAAGAGAGGGGCUUUCACGUAUUACCACAGUUAUCCCUGGAACUGAUGAAACUAUAAAGAAACUGGUUCAUCACUUCUACAAGUUGGUGGAUAUUCACGAGGUUCAGGAUCUAACAUGUUUGCCCUUUGCGGAGAGGGAACUGAUGCUUAUAAAAGUCGCAGUAAAUGCUUCUGCUAGGAGGGAUAUCCUUGACAUUGCCAGUAUUUUCCGAGCUAAAGCCGUCGAUGUGUCUGAUCACACCAUAACAUUGGAGUUGACAGGAGAUUUCAACAAGUUACUAGCAUUGCAACGACUACUGGAACCUUAUGGAAUUUGCGAGGUCGCGAGGACAGGUCGAGUGGCAUUGAUGCGAGAAUCAGGUGUGGAUUCACAAUCUCUUCGUGGAUAUUGUCUUCCUUGGUAAUUUGUGACGACUGGGUCGGUGAUAUUCAUCUAUUGUAUUGUAUGUAUGGGUGCAUGCAAGCGCAUGCAAGCGUAACCCUUAAUCAUCAUUGUCUCUCAUCAAUGCAAUGAAUAAAUUGCCUUCUAUGCAUAAGCUACAUCAUCACCCGCCCUCUCUCUUUCAGGAAAGUCGUCAAUUUGAAUUUAUCUUCAUUCUUCCAUGUAGUAAAGAGUAGAUGAAUUACAUUGUGCGUAAAGUACUCCAACUUAUCUCCGCUGGAAUACAAACUAUAUUAACUUACAUCAAUGCUAUGAAAGCACAUCAAUUUUUAUUUGUGGAGUCGUUAUGUUAUACUCCCUCUGUUCCGCUAAGAUUGUCCCAUUUUACAUUUUAGGGAAAUCUCACUAAGAUUAUCUCAUACCAUAUUUGGCAAA